AGUGCAAACACACUGGCCCCCCAAUAUGCACUUUGAAAGUUCAAUGCGAUAAAUAAACUAUGCAGGCCCUCCGACGCGCACAAAUCACAGCUCGCUCAUUUUCUACCGCACGAUACAAUAUGGUUAAGGUUGGAGACAAGAUCCCCGCGGGAACAUUCAAGAUUAUCCGGGAUGGUGCCCCCACUGAUGUGCCCACUUCAGAAGUCUUCGACGGAAAGAAGGUUGUGGUUCUAGGUGUUCCAGGAGCUUUCACACCCACUUGCUCUAAUAGUCAUCUGCCUGGUUACAUCGAGAAAGACGCUGAGAUCAAGAACAAAGGCGUCGACAGUAUCAUCUGUCUAUCCGUGAAUGAUUGCUUUGUGAUGGAUGCAUGGAGCAAGGACGUGGGUGCUACAGGCAAGGUGGACUUGUACGCUGACGGUGGAGCCACAUGGCACAAGGCUGCGGAUCUGGCCCAAGAUCUGGGUGACUUUGGCGGACCCCGCGCGCAGCGCUACAGCAUGGUGGUGGAGAACGGAGAGAUUAAAUCCCUCAAUGUGGAGCCAGCCGCAGCCGACCAGUGCUCUUUUGCGCCUAAUAUCCUCAAGCAGUUGUAAAAGCCACUUGUGCUGUCUCUGCAUACGUACAUUCACAGUGGUGAUUGAUUUGACCGUCACAAGUAUAAUGGGUCUCAGCAGUGGUGAAAAUUACACCAUUGAGAUCUUGCCGCCAAAUGAAUGGUGCGCGUAGUUGCGAUGUAUAUAUAGUAUAAAGCAGAAAAUAUGGAGAAAACAAUUAUUAAAAUCGGUUUGCUCUCGAGUUGAGAAAGUAAUUGGUUAA